UCAAGUUGGCCAACUCUCUCUAAUCUGAAGAUGUAACCUCGAAAUUUUGACAUUUUCUGAAUGAUAACGAUACGAAUGUGUAUCGCACGUACAUACAUUCCUCAACAUUAUAUAACAAUAAUUAAUAAUAGGUGCAUUUUGGACGGACAAGCUUGAUGACGUAAAUAUUGGGGGGAAAAUAUUCAAUUUAUCUUUACAAGUGGCAUGUGUGGUUAUUGACAAUGGAGCCUGAAAUAGCAAUCGCCGACAAUUUAUUUAAGCUGCAAUGUUUAAUUAAAGCCACAGGGAUACAGCACAGUGUGCAGUGCAAACUCCAAGGGAAAUUAUUUCUUGCACUGGCAACCGACAGUGCUCAAGUUAUUCUCUAUUUUAAGAGAGAAUCCUCUUGCCUACCAGUCGUGAAAAAAAUACCUUGGUUCCAAGGGCCGCAUAAACAAAUCGCUGCCUUUUGUUUCGAUUCAAGCGGCACUUGGUUAUUAUGUGUAACUUUCGAUGGUUCGUUGUACAUGUUACCCGCAUUAAUCCUAGUUGGUGAAAGUUGCGUCGUUGAUAAGAGAUGGAAAACUGACGAUGCGACCCAUGUUCCUUUUGUAAAUUCUCAGCUCUCUCAUUUCAGACCACGGGCUGUCGCAUGGUGGAGAGAUAUGAAAAUGUCUAUGGACAUAGGCAUUGUAGGGACGGAAUGUGGAGCAACUAUAUUUAUCAAUCUUUUAAAUGGACAACAGCUAGGCAUAACAUACGUUAAUGAAAGUAUAAGUGGUCUACACAUUUGUCAAAAUGAGUACAACGAGAUUGCGUCUCUUUUGAUAACGAGUAAAUUUCAGCGACAAUGGCGUUUGCCUUUGGAACACGUAUCCCUUCUGCCCAAUGUUGAAAACAAAGAAUUUUCUAACCAACCAGCUAUUCGUGAUAAUGUGGGAGAGCCCGUUCCUAACAAGUCUAAAUUACAAGAACUUAAGCAGCUCUCUGUCGAAAAGCUGGCUAUUCUCAAGCAAAAGUUGAUCGAUACCAAACAUCAGACGUUGGGGGAAAGUUUGCAAUGCCAUGACGCUGCGAGUAUCGGAGAAAACGGCAAAGUAUCGGAAUCCAAAGUUGGCUUUGUCGCUCCAGAACCAAUAUCAAAAGAUACCUUCCUAUCUUGCCAAUACGACAGAGAGGACCGACAGUUGUAUACGUGUUAUCAUCCUGUCACUAAUUACAUCACAGUACACGGUCCAGAUCUAACUGUGGUACCCUUGUCAAUGCACAAAGUAUUCGAGUCGUGCGAAACUGUUUUAUUAGCUCACAGAUUCUUUUUUCUUACCGACAUUAAUCAACAUGCAAUAUAUAUCAUGUCCGACCAGUUGUCCGAGACUCGUGUAAACAGAGACUAUCAAUUUAACCCCGAAUCUAUUAUCGGGACAUUUUCCUUUAAGAACAGUAAGGAAGUGAUACGCGCGGUGUACAAAGUAACAAAAUUCGAUAAUAUAGUACCGAGAAAAGUCUCUGAGGAGAUGGAGAGUAAAUGCACCCCACCAAAGAACGUCGAACCACUUUCUUUGGAUACAUGUAUAAUUGUUACAAAUUGCUGUGUAUACGAAAUUGUUUUAAGAAAAUCUCUUCUAUCAAUUUUCAUGGACUUGGUAUUGAAGAAAAAUGAGCUGCAAAAAGCGGGAAAAUUAGCAAUGGUUUUUGGAUUAAAUGGGCAACACCUGUUGGAAUAUGUAGGCGAUAUAUUCCUAUCGAAUAGAGAAUUUUCACGCGCAGUAGCUUCAUAUAAAAUGUCCAAGUGUAAAUUAUUGAAGAGCGUGUUAAAAUUUGCAUCAGUCGGCCAUACUUCAGAAUUGUUGAGUUGUCUAACUCAUUGCUUACUGACACCUGUCAUCACUGAAAUGUCUAUUGCAACAAGAAUACAUUUGUCCAAUCUGUGUGUACUUUCCUUCAUUGAAAUGACACUGAGAGUUUGGUCUGAACAAUCUAAAGCAAUCUAUAAGGAGUUCUUAUACUUCUUGUCCACAAAUACAUUUUACGACCAACUAUUAGCUAUUAAUAUAGCUGGUCAAACUUACCUCUGGGAGGUGUUACAUCACUUGGCUACACAAAGAAGUUUGUACAGUCAAAUGUUGGAUAUUCUCGUAAAGGCAAUAGAAAUAUUUGGUACAAACGACACUCAUCCAAAAUCAUAUGGUCUACUCAUAUGUUUAAGUGAAUCUGACUUGAUGCAAUCGAUGUUAUUGAAUUACGAUUUAGCUAGGUCUCACAUGUUAUUUGUGCGCAAUAAUCUGCGAGAGUCUCAAAUCUUCGUGCUUCAGAGACUAGUAACAUUGUACGAUCCAACGAAUCCAGUAUUGCGAACUAAAUUAGUACAAUGUAGAGCACGUCAUAAAAUAGUAUCGUGCAAUCUACCAUCUAAUCAGUGUGAUUCUACAGACUCUACGGAUAAUAUUGAUCAGCCUGAUAUCCUCGUGGAAGAGAUAAUAGAAACGUUUAUACUAGUUUUGUUGACUCUUAUUCAGAAGAAACGAUUGUUAAACCCGAAUUUUAAAUAUACUUUUUGGUAUGAUGUACAAUUACCGGAGCAAAACGUGGAAUAUUCGGAAAUAAUUUUGCACGUUGACUUUAAAAGGAGAUCGUUAAGUACUGGAUUUUCUCACGUUGCGCUCGUUAGAAACGGUGAUAUCUACACUUGGGGAAGUUCGGUGCAAGGUUGUCUAGGUACUGGCUCUAGCGUUUUGCGAUAUGGGGCACCCCACGCCAUCUGCUUCUUCAAAAGUAUGAAGAUUGAAGUUUUCAGUGUAUCGUGUGGACAUUGCCACACCCUGGCGGUUACCAACAACGGUAUCUACGCUUGGGGAGCCAGUCAAUUUGGCCAGUUGGGCCUCGGCAAGGUGCUACAAUGUUCGAGUCCAGAAUUAGUUACUUCGCUGGCGCAAGAGAUUAUCGUUGACGCGGUAGCUGGACAGUAUCAUUCUGUAGCGUUAACCGCGGACGGUAGGAUAUUCACAUGGGGCUGGGGUGUUCACGGCCAACUCGGCCACGGUAACACCGACGAAAAAGGAAUCCCGUCCUUGGUCAAAGCCCUGCUUGGCGUAGUCGUGUGUUGCGUCAGCGCUGGAUACGCGCACACCUUGGCACUAUCGGCAGAUGGUGUUGUAUACGCCUUCGGAUGUAACGUUCUCGGUCAAUUGGGAACAGGUGAUAAUGCCAAAAGUUCUAUCCCGAUAAGAGUCGCGUUACCUGACGGGAUAGCGCUUAUAAGUACUGGAUACUUUCAUAAUCUAGCUGUCACUAACGCCAACAAAUUGUACACAUGGGGCGCGAGUCCUCAGGUUCUCAGAUUGCAGGCACAAGCGCAGAAGAAGACUCGUAUAUUAGAGCAACGAGACGCCAAUGAGAAAAGGAGUAAGAUACCGAGCGGUGCUACGAAUCUAAACGAGGAAUUUCUGGUGGAUGGUGUACAAACCGAAACGAUUACUUGCGAUGCAGAGAGAUCUGAGACUGAAGACAAAGCAGAUCUCAACAUUGGUUCGAUCCAGGAGAAUCAAGCACAUUUGAAGCCAUGUAUUGUCGAUACGAGUUUGGUAAAGGGGCAAAUUAAUCAGAUAUCAGCUGGCUGUCAUCAUAAUGCGUUGAUAACCAAGGAUGGCUCUUUAUAUACUUGGGGCCGCAAUCUAGAUGGUCAGAUAGGUAACGGCACGCGACGAGAAGUGCCAAUUCCAACGCCGUUGUAUUACAAUUCAAGCUGUAUUCUUGCACAAAUACCUCCUAGACACAAUGAUUUUAAGAGAAUGCAAAAUCAGUGGGACUUGGAUGCCAAAUCGUACGACUCACUGGCGAAUAACGGAAAUCUGCCUGAGAACAAUGGGAAUGAUUCAUCGGCGCAUCUAGCGAAUGCUGAUCCGAAUAAAGAGAGAAUCAAUCCUGUAAUUAAUGCUGUUGGCAUUGUUUGUGGAUACGAUUAUACGGUCGCGAUACAACCAGGGGGCACGGUAUUAGCCUGGGGUAACAACAGUAGGGCGCAAUUGGGUCGUAUCCCUGCGAAAGAGGCACGCGAUGCCGAUGACAAACUCGUAUUGCUCAAGUCGUCGAAGCGAAUAGUGCGGCUCCCUAAUGCGUUACACAUAGCUCUGGACGUUCCUAGUCAAGUACCUGGCAUUUCCAUCCCAGUGAUAUCUUAUCGAUCCAACGAGGCCUUUUCUCUCGCCGGAUCCGUUCGUCCUCUGAGCGUUAUCGAAAGAUCGCCUGGAGAAUUGACGCUUCAUUAUAUUCUCGAAAAUUUCUACGGUCUAUACGACUCUACCAGUAUUAUGGAAAAGUGCAUCGAAUUGGAGAAUUAUCAAGCUUGCUCUAAAAUAGCAGCAUUAGAAAAUGACGUUCUGGCUGCGUUCACUUAUCAAUUGAAGAUGUUGCAUAAAUUGAGCCUUCAGCCAUCGAGAAAUUAUUCAAUUUUGGAGAGAGAGAUUGCACACGAUGGAACAGAAUCCACAAUUGAGGCUAGUUCACCAAACGUGACGAGGGAUUCCCUGCCAUCUCGAGAUAUCGAGAGAAACACUGAAUUAUUUAAUAGACAAGCGGAGAAGAAUCUCAUGGAAUCGUUGGAAAACAGCGUUGCUCGAAGCUGGACGAAAAUUCCUACGAGUAGAUCGUUGAACAAUUUGCAAACACUCGCACAGGAAUUGUACUCUUUCGAUUGUCAAGGUGGUUUGGAGCAACUAUGCGGGACUCGAAGAUACGACGAGGGUCCCUCGCUGAAUCCCUCGCUGAAUCCCUCGCUCAGCGUUAACUCCGACACCGAAUGCAACGCCAACAACGAGGACAAACAGGGCUGGAUCCAACAUCUUAUUUCUAAUGGCGUUGAUUCGACGCCGCGACAAAGAAAUGUCGCUCUACGUACUUGUGCGCAAAAAGCAAUUGCCAAUGACAGUCGGAAUACAUGCGACGGGACUGAAGAGAAGGCCACGCUCUCGGACAAAGUAACCUCGUGUUCUCAGAGGAAUUUCAUAAUCAACGAAACCAUAAGAGUAUUAAAGUUUUACUUGAAAGGUAUUAAUAACGUGGCAAAUAUCGUAAAAUGCGAAAUAUUGCAAAGUGUAAUUGAUUUUUGGAUAGUACACAAUUUACCGAUACAAAGCUUGGAGAAGGUUUUUCUCGAACAUAUACACGUGGUUUAUUACCCUCUUGGAUUAUUGCUUUUUUGUCAGGGUGCGAUAGAAAGAUAUUUGAAUACAAGCAGAACGUACGACGAGGGGAAAAGUUGGUGCGCAAACAGCUUAUUCUCAGUCAGAUUUUGCCUUCGAGUGCUAUCGAUGUUGACACAGCGUAUAGACGAAGAUGAUAUUAUGCCAGAAUACGUAAAAAUUUUCUCCUCCUUAAUGGCGGACAAUUACGGGGCACCCUUAAAUUACGGGCAUCCGGACACAAGCGGAAAUAACAAUACAAAACGAAUGAUGGAAGGUAUCGUUAGUACGGUACUCUCCGAAAUGGAAGAUUCCAGAUUAUUUGCACACAUCAAGAACUCGGAUGCUAUAAAUCACUUGCUCACGAUCGAAGUAGAUAGUAUGAUAUUUACUUGCGGACACCACUUUCCAGUCUCCCUGUACGAAACAGACGUUAUCCCGACGAUGGAAACUGAAUUGUUAACAUCUCCGUUAACUCUUCCAUGCGUAUCGCAGUACCUGGGAAAUAUGUUGUCCCGCGCCUCUAAACCAGAGAUCCUGUGUCCUUUGUGUAUAAUUGGAGCAUUAAGAGCAACGACGGUAAAAGAUUGCGAUUAAAGGUAACCUCGUCACGCUCAUAUAUAUCCAAAUUAUUGAAUUAGACUUGCAUAUAUUUCAAACUAAUAAUAGAUACACCUAUCGUGAAACAUUGUGAUUAACGAGUGAUUAG